GGGCGGAACCGGCGAGACCCAGCAGCCCCGAGCCAAGCGCGCAGCCGGGUGGGCUGAGGGGGCGGCGGCGGCGGCGCGGGAGCCGGGAAGUUUGGGCGACUCCGGCCAGUGCUGUGAUCCCGAGCCAAGCUCCAGCCUUGAGGACCAGGCACCAGCGGCCCGACUUACGAACGCCCCGGGGCCCGCAGCCGUCGUCUCGCGUCCUCUUGCCUGGUAAGGGGCUUCUGUCUGGAAAGGGAAGUGUUUAAGGUCCUAAAAUGUCAUCUAUCAAGCACCUAGUUUAUGCAGUUAUUCGUUUCUUACGGGAACAAAGUCAGAUGGAUGCUUAUACUUCUGAUGAACAAGAAAGUUUGGAAGUUGCAAUUCAGUGCUUGGAGACAGUUUUUAAGAUCAGCUCAGAAGAUACACAUCUAGCAGUUUCACAGCCUUUGACAGAAAUGUUCACAAAUUCCUUCUGUAAGAAUGACAUUCUACCCCUCUCAAACUCAGUGCCUGAAGAUGUGGGAAAAGCUGACCAAUUAAAAGAUGAAGGCAAUAACCACAUGAAAGAAGAGAAUUAUGCUGCUGCAGUAGAUUGUUACACACAGGCAAUAGAAUUGGAUCCCAAUAAUGCAGUUUAUUAUUGCAACAGGGCUGCUGCUCAAAGCAAAUUAAGUCACUACACAGAUGCAAUAAAGGAUUGUGAAAAAGCAAUAGCAAUUGAUUCAAAGUACAGUAAGGCCUAUGGGAGGAUGGGGCUGGCCCUCACUGCUAUGAAUAAAUUUGAAGAAGCAGUUACAAGUUAUCAAAAGGCAUUAGAUCUUGACCCUGAAAAUGAUUCCUAUAAGUCAAAUCUGAAAAUAGCAGAACAGAAGUUAAGAGAGGUAUCUAGUCCUACAGGAACUGGAUUGAGCUUCGACAUGGCUAGUUUGAUAAAUAAUCCAGCUUUCAUUAGUAUGGCAGCAAGUUUAAUGCAGAACCCACAAGUUCAACAGCUAAUGUCAGGAAUGAUGACAAAUGCCAUUGGAGGACCUGCUGCUGGAGUUGGAGGCCUAACUGACCUGUCUAGCCUCAUCCAAGCGGGACAGCAGUUUGCUCAGCAAAUACAACAACAGAAUCCUGAACUUAUAGAGCAACUGAGAAAUCACAUCCGGAGCAGAUCCUUCAGCAGCAGCACUGAAGAACAUUCCUGAUUUGAUCAGAAUAUGGCCCAGAAUAUAAAUGUUUUAUGGCUCCAAAGUAUUCACUGUAGAUAGUAGCCAAAAACAAAAAACAAAAACAAAAGCACCAUAUCUGAUGUGUGAGAAUAAUGAAGGAAAACCUCUUGUGUAUAUUCUUAAAGAAUAAUUCUGUUUAGAUAAUAGGUUUAUCACAAACAGAGGUGAACAUAACAGACUCCUUUGGAAGCAAAUGAUUAGUAGCCUUGUUAAGUGUCAGUAUGGCACUGGAACAAGGUUCCAUCCAUUUUGAAACUUUUAUCAUCAUAUUUGUAUAUUAGACUUACUAGCAGAGUAUAUUUAUUGAAUAGUAGGACUGUUUAUUGGUGAGUUCUUUAGCUCUUAAUUCCCUUCAGGAAGGUUUUUUUUAAGCAGGAAGAUAGGACUAAGUGAAAAAGUAUCCUAUGCAGGUAGAGAAGAAAUAUAUUUGUCACUUGACAAGCGUGUCAGGAAAAGAAACUUAUUACAUAGGUUUAGCUUUGAUAAGCGCUGUCAAUAUAUGUCAUAGGUGUCAGUACUGUUUUUGAUGCUGCUGUCUUGAUGAGUGACAGGGAGUCUUUAAGAGCUUGUGGAAAGCAGUUAUUUGGUACAAGGGAUGCUAUGAAGAGAAAAAAUAAUGUGAAUUUAUAUGUAAAGUAAAGGUAGGAUGCUCAGGUUUUCUGCAUAGUUCUUAAAUAAUCUUGUCUGCAGUUCAAUAUCAAUAACAUUAGCAUGGCCAGUUAUGAUAAGUAUAUAAUAAAAUAACACUUAGAAAUCCUUAUUUAUACUGAUUAGGUUAGUGAUAUGUAACUGUUCAACUUAAUUACCACAAUUUCCCUGGUGGUAAACUUAGGUUUGAAAAUUACCAAAUAUACCUAUAUUUAAAUAAGCCAAUGGCUUGACCCUAAAUUAAGGAUUUUCUAAGUGGAAUUUAAUUAUAUACUCAUAAACAUUGAUUUUUUUUUAAAAAAGUAAUAAUUAUUUGAUGGAUUAAAAAAUGCAUCUAKUAGUAACAUUGCUUGUUCAUGCAAUCCUCUGCUAUAAUUUGGCUUGGCAUGCCAAUCUUAUGCUUAACCUUAAUUUGAGGCAAUUUAAAUAUAACAGGAGACAUAACAUUUYUUAUUAUAAAUUAGAUGCCAUAUUGGUUGGUAGGGGAAAUGCCAUUAGGUACUAAUGGCAUGGUUUUAAGUACAGGGGAAAAUAAGACAGGUCUAAUUCCAACUGGGAUUUUGUUGUUAAUCUUGAAAUUGGUGAAGUAGGCUAACCUGUAAUGAUUUUAUAAGUGUUAUGAGGGAAAACUGAAAAAGAAGGUAAUUAAAAAAUUUUGUAAAAUUGAUGCAAUAAGGGCCUUACUAUAACAGUUCUAAAAAGACUAUUUGAUACACUGAAGUUUCUCCUUUUUUUCCCCCUUUGUGAGAUAAGAACCAUGAACCAUGGUUUUGUAAUUUCAGUGUAAUCAUCACCUGGGGGAAUUCAUUAUAUCUGCAGAAUGAGGGCCACACUAUCAAUUUUUACUUAGUAAAUAUUGUAUUAAGACCUAGGAAUCAGCAUUUUAAGUAGUGUACCGGUUUAGAGGUAGGUCCAGGAAUCAAAUUUACAGUGAUAUUAGAUUUCUCCCCAACUAGACYAACAAAUACUUAUCUACUUGGACUUGGGCCAAAAUGAAAGAACUGUGUGAACCUAUAGUUAAGGCCAGAGAAGAACAGGCCCUCUGAAAUUAAAUUUCCUAUAUUGCAUCUAAUCCAUCUUAAUUUUUUACGAAGUUACACACAGCUCCUAGUGUUUAAGUGUUAUGAAAGAAUGAAGUACUAAUCAAACAGGAUUUACAGUUGUGAUUAAAAAGAACAAAGCCGAUCCUUAAAACUAGUCAUUCUUAUUUCAGUGUUUAAUAAUAAGUUAAUGUUUUUAGCAUUCCUAUUUUGAGUGCAUUAAAUAUUCUUUUAGAUCAAUAAAAUUUGAUAAGCCUAUAGCUGACUAUGAAAAUAGAAUAUACAAAUUAGUAGUCUAUUAUCAGAAAUUAAAGAGGAGGGCUGGGGAUGUAGCUUAGUGGCAGAGAGCUUAUGGGAAAUGGUGGGUUUAUACAUCUCUAGCACAAAGAGGAAAAAAAAAAAGCAGAUAUACCCAAGACCCUGUAGAUAUAAAAGGGUAAUUAUAAACACUAUGACUAACUCUAGAUCUAUAUAUUUUACAACUUAGAUGARACAGACAUUCUUUCUAAGGUAAAAACUACCAAAGCUCACUGGAGAAACAGCCUGAAUAGACCUAUAUUUUACAARGUUGAGUUUAUAGAUAAAAAACCUUCCAAGAAAGAAAACUAUGGGCCAGAUGACUUUAAUGGUGAACUCUACUGAACACAUAGGGGAGAAAUUAAUAUCAAAUCUACUCAUUGUGUUCUAGGAAACAGAAGAGGAAGAAACACUUUCCAACUCAUUUUUUUAUUUUGGCCAGUGGUACCUGGAUAACAGAAUCAAAGAGAAUCAUAAGAAAACACUUUAAAACACUGCCUUCAUGUGCUAGCAUCUGUAGUUAAAGGGAGCCAUUCUUUUAAUAUGAAAUUAUGGGAACUGGUGUGUUCCAUUUCAUGCUGUUUCUUUGAGAAUAUAUCACCCAAAACAAAUUCAAUCCAGAUGACACCUGUCCACUUAUGUGGAUUCCAUUCAAGGCAAGCCAGCUUUACUCUUCAGGUCCCUUCAUCACUUUGGAAUCAUUGCAUUAGAAGCCAUUUCAAGAAAGUUUUGUGUGAUUUGAUUGUGCUAUUUUUAAAAUUAUAGAGAAAAUUAUUAUUCCUUGUCUGGAAAAUAUAGUCA